AUGGCUGGACCACCGAAAAAGAAGCAAAGGCGUGAGGAUCGACAGGAAGGAGAGCUGCCUCGCAAGAAGUUGUAUCGCCAACGCGCACAUGCCAACCCAUUCUCCGACCAUGACUUGACCUACCCAGAAUUGCCUGCCGCAAUGGACUGGAGCCAGUACUACCCGGCAUACGCCACCAAGGAGGACGACAGCACACUCACCAUCUCAAACGGCAAGGACGACAGCACAACCCACCGUACCACCACCACAACGAUAUCCCAACCCGUCACAGUCGCCGACAUAGGCUGCGGCUUCGGCGGCCUCCUCUUCGCCCUCGCCCCAAAACUCCCCAACGACCUCAUUCUAGGCCUCGAAAUCCGCACCUCAGUAACAGAAUUCGUGCAAGAAAAAGUCAAAGCCCUCCGCCUCCAACACACCGCCAAAACCCCCACCACGGCUGAAGCUGAAGCACACUCACACCCAUUCCAAAACGUCUCCUGCCUGCGCGCAAACACGAUGAAAUUCCUCCCCAACUUCUUCACCAAGGCCCAACUCUCGAGAAUCUUCCUCUGCUUCCCGGACCCGCACUUCAAGGCACGGAAACACAAGGCGCGGAUUGUGAGCACAAUGUUGUGUUCCGAGUAUGCGUUUGUGCUGCAGCCGGGGGGCAAAGUGUAUACGAUUACGGAUGUGGAGGCGUUGCAUCAGUGGAUGGUGGAGCAUUUGGCGGCGCAUCCGAGUUUUGAGAGAGUUGGGGAGGAAGAGGUUGAGGGGGAUGAGUGUGUGGAAACGAUGAAGACGGAGACGGAGGAGGGGAAGAAGGUGACGAGGAAUGGUGGGAACAAGUUUGUUGCGGUGUUUAGAAGGCUGCAGGAUCCGCCUUGGCCGUGA